UACAUAUAUAGGGAAGGGUCAAAGCAUCUCUCAUAGUUCAGUCACUUCCAAAGUCAGCUGGAGGCUGGAGGAAGCGCGAGAAGAGUCCCUUCAGCUUGUCUCUGAUGUUUAUGGACUUGGCUUGCUAGAAGGCUCAAGAUGAUGAUGGCAGGAAUGAAAAUCCAGCUGGUGUGUGUGAUACUGCUGGCUUUCAGCUCCUGGACUCUGUGCUCAGAUUCAGAAGAGGAAAUGAAAGCGUUAGAAGCAGAUUUAUUGACCAAUAUGCAUACAUCAAAGAUAAGCAAAGCAAGUGUUCCCUCCUGGAAAAUGAGCCUGCUGAAUGUGUGCAGUCUUAUAAAUAACCUGAACAGCCAAGCCGAGGAAAUGGGAGAAUUUCAUGAGGAGGAGCUUAUUACAAGAAGGAAAUUUCCCACUGCCCUGGAUGGCUUUAGCUUGGAAGCAAUGCUGACAAUAUACCAGCUCCGAAAAAUCUGUCACAGCAGGGCCUUUCAACAUUGGGAGUUGAUUCAAGAAGAUGUUCUUGAUGCUGGAAAUGACAAAAAUGAAAAGGAGGAAGUUAUAAAGAGAAAAAUUCCUUACAUCCUGAAACGGCAGUUGUAUGACAAUAAACCCAGAAGACCCUACAUUCUCAAGAGAGGUUCUUACUACUACUGAGAGGAUAAAUAUUUUAUUUACAUGUGAUUGUGAUUUAUCACCCUUUAAUUAAAUAUAAAAAUAUAUUUGUGUGGAACUAUGACAGAACGCAAUUGUCUCUUCUAUUAUUGUGGUUUAUUAGAUGUGAUUUUUCUGCAUUAAUAUAAACUGGACUAAAUGUUUUCAAAUAAAUCCAGAUCUUGAGCAUGAUGUGUUGUGUAUAAUUGGAGUAGAUAUUAAUUAAGUCACAUAUAGAAUGUCUGUAAUUUUGCAAAGCACUUAAUGGAUUGUUAAAAGAGUCAAAAUAUUUGACAUUCCAAACCAACUUAUAAAAGAUUAGAAAAGAGUCUUACAGCAAAGUCUAGCCUACAUGCCAUUGACCCAAAACAAAGUGAUAGCACCUGUUUUAUCAUUUGACUGAAUGUUUUAUUGAAUGGAAAGAAAUACAUGUUCUUUUCCAAGACUCCCUCAUAAGUCUCUCAGAUAUGCAGAAGGUAGCAGUAGUAAAAUAGGACCCUCUUCAAAGACUGAUUAAUGAAUUAUUGUUAAUUAUGCUUAUCUGACUGGAUGAUCAACUGAAUUUGCUUUUCUGUUAAAUAAACUUCAUAGCUAAUAAAAAACUAGCCAUCAG